GACGUCGCCGGAGGGUUCACCUUUGUAGAUGGGAACGAUUCUGGGCGUAGGAAGAUUCGUAUAGAAUACAUCGCGGACAAGGGGCGUAGACAUAUCACUUUUUCCAAGCGCAAAGCGGGGAUCAUGAAGAAGGCAUACGAACUUUCUAUCCUCACUGGCACUCAAGUCCUCCUACUGGUCGUGUCUGAAACUGGACUCGUGUACACUUUCACAACGCCUAAAAUGCAACCUAUGGUGCAGAGGCCCGAAGGAAAGAAUUUGAUUCAAGCAUGUCUCAACUCUCCCGAA